AUCGCACAUGGUUUGUUGCAGAAAGGCAAGUUACCAGUUACCCAACAUCGAGGUUCGAUUUUAUUCUUUAACGUAAAACGCAAGUUAUUCAAUAUUUUUCGGAAAAAUAAUUUGUUCGCUGUAAAGGAAAUAUUUAAGUCUCGGGAUAAAUACAAGUUUUGAACUUUUUAUAAAAUACGAGACACAAACCUCUCAAUCACUUCUCACAACCUUCACUUAUUUAUAACUAAUCGACCAUAAAUAUUAUUAGCUUAAUGGCAAGAGAUAAUCCACUAACCUUGAUAAAAGAUGAUAAACCGAAGUGCUUAAAAGGCUAACAUUAUAGCGUGUAGGCCUAUGAUCACCUUACAAACGGCAGCGAUGGAAUACACGCAUUUGUGUUUUUUGCUAAUUGCAGCGGCUGUGGCCGCGGAGUUUAAUGUCCAGCACAGGAUUGCCUACAUGCCGAUGCUUGAUGGCGCGCCGGUCGCGUCGCAGCCGGCCAUCACGAGAGGCGAGCGGGCCUCGAGGGCGCAGUUCCCGCACCAGGUGGCGCUCUUCCUGGACUCCUUCUUCUGCGGCGGCAGUCUCGUCGCGCACUCCUGGGUCCUCACCGCGGCGCACUGCACCGACGGAAUCAGCUUGGCCACGGCGUACAUCGGCAGCCAGAACGUGUACGCGUCCGAGGCCGGCAGGCUGACCACCACCUCCAGGGACUUCGUGCAGCACGAGAACUACAACGACCCGGUGUACCUCGCCAACGACAUCGCUCUCAUCAGGCUGUCCUCCAAGGUCAACACCGGCUCUCUCGUCCGGCUGGUGAACUUCCCGCGCUUCUCGCAGGCUUCGGAGAGCUUCGCCUCCCAGGCGGCCCACGUGAGCGGCUGGGGCCGCACCUCUGACACCACGACCUCCAUCUCGGCCGAGCUGAACCACGUGGAGCUGCAGGUGAUCAGCAACGAGGCGUGCGCCGAGGUGUACGGGAGCUCCGUCCUCAACUCCACGCUGUGCUGCCUGGGGGUCGGCCAGAGGAGCACCUGCUUCGGAGACAGCGGCGGUCCGCUGGUGAUGAAGUCCGGCGAGACGUACACCCAGAUCGGCGUGGUGAGCUUCGUGGCCACCGCCGGGUGCACCAUAGGAGCUCCCUCGGGGUACGCCCGGGUGACGUCAUUCCUGGACUGGAUACAGCGGCACACCAGCAUCCCCGUCAGGCUGUGAGGUCGCCCCGCGAGGGGGGAGCCUCGGCUGCAUUCCGUGUCGAGUGAUGCGGCAUUCGCCAGCAAGCUAUAUUCUGUGUUCAAGUCAUCUGACAUUCGCCAACAAGCUAUAUCCUGUGUCGAGUGAUCCGACAUUCGCCAACAAGCUAUAUUCUGUGCUCAAGUCAUCCAACAUUCGCCAACAAGCUAUAUUCUGUGCUCAAGUCAUCCGACAUUCACCAACAAGCUAUAUUCUGUGCUCAAGUCAUCCGACAUUCGCCAACAAGCUAUAUUCUGUGUUCAAGUCAUCCGACAUUCGCCAACAAGCUAUAUUCUGUGUUCAAGUCAUCUGACAUUCGCCAACAAGCUAUAUUCUGUGUUCAAGUCAUCCGACAUUCGCCAACAAGCUAUAUUCUGUGUUCAAGUCAUCCGACAUUCGCCAAUAAGCUAUAUUCUGUGUUCAAGUCAUCCGACAUUCGCCAACAAGCUAUAUUCUGUGCUCAAGUCAUCCGACAUUCGCCAACAAGCUAUAUUCUGUGCUCAAGUCAUCCGACAUUCACCAACAAGAGGGAACCUUAGCUACAUUCUGUGUCGAGUGAUCCGACAUUCGCCAACAAGAGGGAACCUUAGUUGCAUUCUGUGCUCAAGUGAUCCGACAUUCGCCAACGGUUCCGCUCGCAAGUGAUCUGCGAAGUUGACAUACCGAUGUUGGUUUAUGAACACCGUUGGCAGAAGGAUACAUAAACCAUCUGUAAAAUUCGAGACAAUUUAUAUUAACACAGACUAUAUACUUAUUUCUGCGUUCGGUUACAUUGUAUGUUUGCUGUACACGGAACUACUAAUGAAAAAAAAACGGGAAUAAAAUUUUAAAAUCCAAUGUAAGUAAUAAAAGUAGUUAUUUGUGAACUUUAAAAGGUGAUGAAGACUGUACAUAUAAGACGUGAUUUGUUUGAAAUAAAAGUACACGUCAAGUGUU